AUGUCAUUAAAAACUAAUAUUUCAAUCUUGAUUUCGGAUUUAAUAUGGAAUACAUACUAUGAUUUAAUAAGCAGUAUAUUUUAUGGUAAAAAAUACCACCCGAAGUCACCGAGACCAAAAUUAACAGUAAAUAAGGUUAUAAAGUUAGUUUUUUGGUUAUUGGGAUGGCUUUCAGUUACUUUUAUUGUGCCACUUUGUGGGAUAAUCUUAGCAUAUAGUAUCUCGCCAAGUAGAAUCGACAUCGUUCCUGCAGUUUUCGAUAACAACUAUUUGAUAAUAUCUAAACCUCUUUUCAGAACAAACAGUCAAUCAUCUGUUGUAAACUUUACAACCUCUUUAUCAUUUCUAUUCGAAAUUAAAUAUGUUAAUCGAUUGUUUGUAAAUAAAAUUUUGAUAGAAGGUGCAGAAAUUGCAUAUAUUGGAAGAAUUCCUGUUGACUCAAACAAUAAAAGCAAUUGUAAUUCAGACAAUCUGGACUAUCUUUUUCCUGAUUUUACAGAACUUGAAUAUAAGAAAAUACCAAGCGAAAUGAUCAGCUUUACUUGCACAGAUGACUAUACAAAUUGUAUUGUUGGAAUUGAUAUUCCAUCAUUUUUCAUCGAUUCAUAUGAUGAAUAUUCAUAUAAUCAUGAUUCAAAUUUUGGUUAUUCAAAUUUUGUAGUUAGAACUUUUUUUACGAGUUCACAAUUUAUUUCAACUCUUGUUUCGGGGCGACUAGGGUACAGAUAUAAUCCUCUUUCUAUACCGAUUAAGAAAUAA